UAAACGACAUUUCCAUCGUCAAGAUCUACCGUCUACGGCUUUCUCUGUUUCUUCAACUCUUCUCUCCUCAGCUACGCCUACGCUGCUACUGCUACUCUUAAUCUACGCUUCUACAAAAGGGGAGAGAUAUAUAGAGGAAGAGAAGAGAGAUAUAGAGAGAGAGAGAAAGAAGAAUGGCGAGUGGCGGAGGAUAUGGUGAUGCGGCGGGGCAGAAGAUAGAUUAUGUGUUCAAGGUGGUGCUGAUCGGAGACUCGGCGGUGGGGAAGUCUCAGAUACUGGCUCGGUUUGCCCGGAACGAGUUCAGCCUCGAUUCAAAGGCUACCAUUGGGGUGGAGUUCCAAACCCGGACUAUGCUCAUCCAACACAAAUCCGUCAAAGCUCAGAUCUGGGACACCGCCGGCCAAGAACGAUAUAGAGCUGUUACGAGUGCCUACUACAGGGGAGCUGUGGGUGCGAUGUUAGUGUACGAUAUAACGAAACGCCAAACCUUUGAUCACAUACCUCGUUGGUUGGAAGAGCUGCGUGCUCAUGCUGAUAAGAACAUAGUGAUAAUGCUAAUUGGGAACAAAACUGAUCUGGAAGACCGGCGGGAUGUUCCAACUGAGGAUGCUAAAGAGUUUGCUCAGAAGGAAGGGUUGUUCUUCUUGGAGACGUCUGCCAUGGAAGCUAAAAACGUGGAGGAAGCGUUUACCACGGUGCUAACAGAGAUCUUCAACAUUGUGAACAGGAAGAAUCUGGCGGCUGCUGAGAAUCAAGGGAAUGGGAAUGCCGCUGCAUCUUUAACCGGGAAGAAGAUUCUUGUGCCUGGUCCUGGGCAAGUCAUCCCACAAAAGAAGUCUAUGUGCUGUAGUUCCUGAGGGGAUUGUAUGAUUCGUCUUCUUUUGUUCGGCAGGUUCUGUGAGAUUCUGAUGAUACCCAUUCUUCUAAUAUCUGGUUUAUUUUGAUUGUAUAUCUUAUAAUUUUUUACAUUUUACUGUUUUUUGGGAGGGGGGAGAAAUGGUUACAUGUUCUUGAAGAGUGGAUAAACUAGUUGUUACACGGGGUGACCAUAUUGGGUUUCUACCAGUCUUUCUAGCAAGUAUUAUGUUAGUACAUUGUGGUAUGUCUUCAUAUUGUGGAUCUGUUGCCUUUAUAUUCAAGAUGAGAUUGCUUUUGCUACCACUA